GGACAGUUCUUGAUUGCAAAAGCUCUUCGAUUUCUGUCUCAAUCCCUUUAACCUCCUCUCACAACAGUCAUGUGAAACUCCCCAAUGCGGUGACCCUGACCUUACGUGGGCGAUCUGACGUACGCAAGCGUAACGAAGAUUCCCGAACCUUAUUUAUUUCAUCGGUCGCCCUCGACGAAAACCACUACACAGACCAUAGACCUCAGUCACGAUACAGUUCCUCAAGUUUAGAUCACGGCUUUUCAGUCCUCUUAUUCAGCGUUCUUGCACAGCAACAGCUGCACCAACUUUCCAUCCAGGUCUUCGCCUUCCUCUUCGAAUUCGCCUCCUCACAACCACUACCCGCAGAAUGACAACUGGUGAACCAGUCACGCUUUAUGUCUACGAUUUGUCCAACGGCCUCGCCCGUCAAAUAUCACAACAACUAACCGGCGUCCAACUCGACGGAAUUUGGCAUACCUCCGUCGUUGUCUACAGCACAGAAUUCUACUUUGCCGGCUACGGCUCUGGGAUCUUCACCGCUAUCCCGGGCCGGACCCAUCAUGGUCCUCCGCUUCAAAAGAUCGAAAUGGGGACGACUGAGAUAGACAAAGACACUUUCUUGGAAUAUCUGGACACGCUGAGGGGGGUGUGGGGAGCUGAGAAGUAUCAUCUCUUGGAGAGGAAUUGCAAUAAUUUCUCGGAUGCGCUUUGUGAGUUCUUGGUUGGGCAACACAUACCUUCACACAUCGUCGACCUUCCACGACAAUUUAUGUCAACGCCGUUUGGACAGAUGAUGAGACCGCAGAUCGACCAGAUGUUCCGACGUGGGCCGCCUGCGGGUACACAAUCCAUGCCCGCCCAGUCCCUUCCAUCUCGCUCCACCAACCAUUCUGCGGCUGUGGGAGGCGGUGACGCACCACUCUCCCCAUCCGCCGUCAAAUCCGUCCGAAACCUCACCGAGCUGGAAUCCCUCCUCACCUCCUCCCCUGCCUCCAUCAUCUUCUUCACCUCCGCCACCUGUCCUCCAUGCCGUGCCGUCUCCCCGCACUUCGAUCGCCUAGCGACCUCCCACCCGGAGUUGACAUUCGUCAAGAUCGAUAUUGGGAUGGCGUAUGAGAUUGGUGCGAAGUAUGGGGUGAGGGCUACGCCGACGUUCGUGACGUCUGUUAGUGGGGAGAAGGUUGGGGAGUGGAAGGGUGGUGAUCCGAGCGUGCUUGAAAUGAAUGUCGGACGGUUGGUGGAGGUUUUGGAGGCGAGGAAACCUAAGCAUCCGCAUGCGAAGUUGGAGUUGAAGACGUUUGCGAGGGUGUCAAAGAAGCCGGUGUUGUAUGACCGGGUACCGCCAUUAGAUAAAGUCAAGGGGAGGAUUGAGGCUGCGUUUGCGGCGAAGGGGUUGGGUGGGGAGGGGAAGACGCUGAGCGACGUUGUUCGGUUUUUGGAAGAACGCGCCAAGUCGCCGGCGGGCGCGAAGUUACCCGCCAUGCCAGCGUGGUCCACUAUGAUCCAGACCGCACUUGAUAGACUUUCAGGGGACGAGGUGUUUCCCGUCAUCGACCUUCUCCGGGUCGCAGCGGUGGAUGUCCGGGUGAGUGGGUACUUUGCCGAAGAGAAGGAUAUGUCCACCAUUCGUGCCAUCCUAAACAAAACCGGAGAGGUGGAGUGUGGCUUUCAAUUGAGGUUGGUCACGAUGCAGAUGUUGUGUAACCUCUUCUCCUCGCCGCUCGGUCCACAGCGACUCAUAUCCUUGGAUGGUGUACUGGACGCGUUAUUCGCCGUUCUGCCUUCUGCGUUGUUGGAUACCGAGACGAAGGUCUGCGCUGCGGCGUCCGGGUUGGCGUUCAACAUCGCGACGUACACGUUCCAACAACGUACCUCCUCCCACCCCUCUACACUUCCCGAGUCAGCGACCCUCGAACUCGUCGCCGCGCUUGUCGAAUCCCUCCAAUCCGAAUCAUCCAUGGAUGCUGGAACCCUGCGAGGCCUGGUCCUCGCCCUAGGCCAUCUCGCGUAUUUGGCACCGGUGGAGGGAGAUGUCUUGGGGUUACUUGCGGGGAUGGAGGUUAGUGGGGUGUUGAAGGCAAAGGGGAGGGAUGUGGGGGACGAGGAGGUUGGGAGGAUGUGUAAGGAGGUUGCGGAGCUGUGUCAGGGUUUGGAGAAUUAGAGGUAUACGUAUGCUUGUCUGGCGUAAAGAUGCUUUGUUCGUAUAGGCGUACAAGGAAUUAAUAGAUGAACAUGUCUGACAGGUAUGCAAAUCAGCUGGCAGGAGCUAGUGGACUGAACCUACGCUCAUAACAGCGAAACUCGA